AUGUCGCACAAGCGCGUGGUUGAGGCUUUGAACCGGAGCCUGCAGGACAUCCGCAGCAAUGAGACGCUGAUGGGAGGUGCUGCUGUUGUACUCACUGGAGAUUUUCGGCAAACUCUUCCAGUUAUUGAAAAGAGUACACCGGCAGAUGAAAUGAACGCGUGUCUCAAGGCUUCGUCAUUUUGGUCCUACGUAGAAAAACUCCACCUUACUCGGAAUAUACGUGCACAACCUUACAAUGAUACAGAGUCAGGUGCGUUUGCGAGUAAGCUGCUCGAUAUCGGAGAUGAUGUAGUAGAUGGCGCAUCGAGGGUGUACACGUCCAUAGACACGGUGAUGGCAAGCGAUGACAGCACUGCGUAUUCCGUGGAAUUUCUCAACUCAUUAGAAUUGACCUGCGUACCGCCCCACAAGCUGGAGCUGAAGGUGAAGGUCACAGGCGAGUGCGUGCGACUCCUUCCGCGAGUGAAUCAAUUACCCACGCGGAUGCAGGCAUGCGACUUGGCCGUUAAACGGUUCAUAGGAGAAGCGCGCGAUGGCGCAGUGACUGUGCCGCUCGGUGGUUUUACAAGUUGCACAAUCAAAAAACUAUUAUCUCAAGGCCUUCCUCGCUUCUUGACGUUGUCAGCCCCCGUGGUAUCCGACCAUCAUCAACCUGCACUAGACCCCGUCCUACCAAUGACGCCAUUAAAAGGCUAA